AUGCGGUCGAUUGACAUCCCAAAGACAAGUCAACUUUCUAAGACAAUUACAAUGUCUUUCGAACCAAAUAAAGACAACACAGAACAACAACGCACUCGUUUUUUAUCGACAAACCCUACUUAUCCGACAAUCCCAAAAACAGAGUCUCCAACAUCUUUUGAAAAGCGUGAGUGGGUUAAGUCAACACGUGCAACCGUUAAUUUUGCGUCACCACAACGUGUUACUGCAACCAAACAAUUUCUUGCAACUUCAAAGAACACAACUGUCGAUGACACAGAAAAGGCAUUCAGCCCAACAACAAGGCCAUCAACCUCUUUUGUUCCUAUAGUGCCUCGAAUGUGGAUUGCCACGAACAAAACGCCAUCCAAAGAUGACAUCUGUAAGUUACCAGAGCUUUACAAAGACUUGAACUUGUUUGUGACGAGUCCGAGCGAGUGGCUGGAGAAGUCUGUACUUGACCAACUUCCUUUUUAUGGUGUUCCAAAGGAGUUAAAGGUCUUGGUGUGUACAUGGAACAUCAACCAAGGUGUAUUCAGUCAAGAUGUUGUUAACACGUGGACUCAAUAUAUUUCUGAAGGUGCUGAUUUGGUAUGUGCUGGUGUACAAGAACUUGACAUGUCUGUGGAUGCUUUAAUCACUGGGAAUAAAUACAGUGAAAAAGCUGACAAAUGGGAGUCUCUUCUCUUAACUUCACUUAAUAAAACAGGUAGAGACGAGUAUGUAGACAGUGGGUGGUAUCAGUUAUGUGGUGUUGUGUUGUUCACCUUUGUGAAAAAGUCGAUUAAAAGUUUAAUAACAAAGACGGGAAUUGGGUCAUGUCGGACUGGUGCUAUUGGUGGCACACUUGCAAACAAAGGGGGUGUUGUUAUAGGUUUUCAAAUCUAUGACUCGACCAUUUGUUUUGUGAACUCUCACUUAGCCGCACAUCAAGGGUUUUUAGAACGACGAAAUAAAGACUGGGAAGAGAUCUCUAAAAUACGGGUGGAGUACUUAUCGGGGGCAGAAACGACACGACUUAAUGUGUUAGAUCAUGACAUAGUCGUAUGGCUUGGUGACUUGAAUUAUCGAAUUGACUUGGACGAUCAAGAAGUCCGCAAAUUAGUCGUUGAAAAAGACUUCAACACGUUAUAUCGGAAUGACCAGCUCUACACUUCUCGUAUGAAGAAAAAGGUCUUCCACAAUUUUGUCGAGGCGCGUCUCAAUUUUCUCCCGACGUUCAAAAUCAAUCAAAACGGGGAGUACAACGACAAACGGAUUCCUUCAUGGUGUGACAGAAUUUUAUAUAAAACAGAACGACGACAUGGAGUCACAGUCGAGAAAUACAAUUCAUUUGAAUUAUACAAUUCAGACCACAAACCGGUCUCUGGGGUAUUCAAAGUGUGUUUACAACAGAUCAAUCAAGUGAAGAAGAAAACUGUUAUUGACUUCUUUAAUAAGGCAGAGGAGUGGUAUAGGAAUGUAGUAGUUCCUGAGGUGAGUGCGCCAGUCACGUACUUUGAAUUUAAAGAACCCGAAUUGAUGAAGAGUUAUAGCCAAACCCUAAGUAUUCGAAACAUUGGGAAGACGCGGAUGUACUUAGAAAUGAAAAAGUCCAAAGAAUAUGAAGACGCUGUGCAAUAUAGUUGGGUGAAGAUAGAUAUGAGCACCGACCACGUCGAUAUUACAGAAGGGAAGGAUGAAGUGUUAAUAACUGCAACCGUCAAUUACAACCAGAACAACUCGUUUUUAUAUCAAAACAAAGAAGCCUGCAAAUUUGUUUUUGAGAUCGCAGUUAAAUUUACAAAACAUGUGAUUCCAAUGAUCAUUAAAGUGUUUCCAAAACAAACAUGUGUUGGGUUGAGUUUGAACGAGUUAUGUCUUCUCAAUACACCAGUCAUAGGAAUGACGAGUAAUGUCUAUGAUAAAAGUCCAUUUUAUGUUCCCAAAGAGGUGUAUCGAAUUGUCGAUAAAAUGAAAUCUCUUCGAGAAGAUGAACUUGAAUAUUUAUUUCAAUUUGAACCAAAUGAAAAACAAUUCAACGACGUCUUACAGGCAGUCGACAACGACUUACCAUUUAGAACGGGGAUCUCUGCAAGUAGUUACUUUGCUGUUUUACUACUGAUUGUGGCGGGGUUUAAAGAUUCCUUGUUACACGAUGAUUUUUUAAGUCAAAUCCAAGUGAUGUCACAGAAUGAAGUCAUGGUGAAAAGGUAUCUAACGUAUAUGAUGUUAGAGUCACACAAGAAUCUAUAUGUUUUCUUAGUCAAAUUUAUAUCGAAUUUGAUACUCAAAGGCGUUGACAAAAACAGACUCUUAGACGUCUUUUCGAAAGUGCUGAUCCAUACACAAAAGAGCGAUACCGACCUCAUCACAUCUUGCUACAACUUCCUUGAAAAGUCUCUUCAAAUUUUGUAA